AGUUAGUCUUUGGAUGAGAUGUUUGUUUCUGAUUUUUAUCUUCCUCGUUAAUAUGUUUACACUUUGUCUGUUUGGUUUACACUACACAACUUUCUUUUCCGUUCUUUAUCCGCCUUGUUGCGGUCCGACCGUGCGUACUGCGUACCAGGUGCGCACAGGGCCCUGUGCAAUUCCUGAUCCUGAUCCUGUGGCCUCUGCUCGAAGUUUUCUGUCGCCAGUGUAAACAAUGUGAAUUUCAUGAUGUGAAAUAAGCAUCUUCAGUACAUUCAACUUCUCUUAUUUUUCGAAGAUGUGUAGAAGUGAUGUGCCUACCGGAUAGUCUGACUCUAGUUUCUACUUUGAGUAUGGUGAUUUGAACUUGAAACUUUUUACUCCAAUAGUCUAGUGUGUUAGCCUUGCGCAUUUGAACACAUUUCCUUAAACAUGUCACAGUACACCUCCACUCAACGGUCAGUUUUGAAAACAUGUAUCUCCGCACUCCUGAUGGAAGCUGGUUUUGAAGCAUCGGAUCCUUCAGCUUUGGAAUCGUUGGUGGUAAUUUUGCAAAGUUUUCUCCACGAACUAGGACAAAGUGCACGCUCUUACCACGAAUUAGCAAGCAGGGCAAGACCUCUACUAGCUGAUGUAAUUAUGGCAUUAGUCAGCAUGGGGAUAAGCCUGAAAGGCAUUGAAACUCAUGCUAAAAGACUCAACAGGACUAUCCUUGCCCCCCUUGCACCUUCUGUGCAACCAAAACAACUGAGUAUUUUACAAGCUGGCAUGAAGCAAGCACUGCCUUCAUAUAUUCCAUCACAUUUUCCUCAAUUUCCAGACCCGCAUGCCUAUAUCAGAACACCAACUCAUAAGCAACCUGUCACAGAAUAUGAGGCCAUCCGGGAGAAAGCAGCUAGUCAAAAACGAAGCCUUGAAAAAGCCCUAACAAAGUUUGUUUCCAAAACUGGUGAAACAGACAGUUUAUUUCCAAAGCAAGAAAAUGAUCCAUUCCUUUUGAUAGCAUGUAAGCUGUCAUUUCCACCAUAUCUUAGCGCAUUACUGCCCAAAGAUCAAGUGUUUGACUUUGAUGAAGAAGAAAAUGCCAAACCUCUAGCACCAAGAAAGAAAAAAGAAAUGAAAGGCACAGAACAAUCGGAAGAAGAAGCAGAGCAAGAGGAAGAGGAAAGAGCAAAAGCUGAAGCAGAUAUGAUAGAUAAUCCAUAUCUGAGGCCUGUGAAGCCUCCUCCCACAAAACUGAAAAUCAAAGGGAAUACAGUGACCAGUAUUAGUUCAUAGAAUUUUGCGGAGGUAAUCAUUUUCUUCAGGAAGCAAGUGUUACUGUCACUUUGUGUUGCAUAUCUUUUAAAUUUGGGUAUCAAAGUCCCUAACUCAAGGAAAGUUUUUUGUUUGUUGGCCAGAUUUUUUUUAAUGAAAGAUGAAGAAGAUCCAAUUUCGAAGGGAUCAUUAUCAACAUUAAAACGCCCUCAAAAGUAGGUAAAAGCUAGCUAAUUCAUGUAAGAAUGACUUUGACCCCGCUAUUAAACGCUUCUUUCAGAAAACUACAGGAUAGUGUAUUCAAAUCAAUGCAUUAUUACUUGCAAAUAAAACGUCAACUGCUGUUUAUGAUUGAAUGAAUGGAACAAUGAACCCAUAUAACAAAUGCCAAAGCACCAAUCUUAACAGUGUUAUUGUUUUUGUUGUUUGUUUCUUCAAUAUACCAGUAAAUAAAGUCUCAACUUCAAACAAAAAUAUAUUGUUGGCACAGCAAA